AUGUCUGAACUAAACGAACUAGAUAUAAGUUCCGCGUCUGAUUCAGACGAAGAAAUGGACAAACUUUUACUUUUGUAUUCACUAUCAAAAGGAAAUAAAUCUAUAUGGAAAAGCGCGUUCAUGAAGAAAAGAAAUAGUCACGGUGAAUUAGUUCUGACGUCAGAAUUUUCCGAUAAACAGUUCACCAAUAAUUUCCGUUUAAAUCGAAACCAAUUCAAUGAAAUCCUUAUCAAUGAUAAAAUUUAUUCAGGAGGAUGUAAUGCUCAAAAACCAAUUGAUCCAGAGGAAACACUCGCUGUAUUUUUAAAAAGUAAGUUAACAUUUUUUUUAAUCACAACUUACUAA